GCUUGAUAAGAGACCGCCAUAAACACGCAGUAGGAGGAUGUCUGCAAGCAGCCUGCGUUCAACCACCACAGAGAGGGAUCCAGCAAAACGGACGUUCCUCUCUGACGAUACUUAGCAGUGACCUUGCCUGUGUUUUUGGACUCAAUGGGUAUCUUACUGUCACUUUGGCUGUGCAGCAAAGCAGACGACAGCCCUCUCUCCUCUCCGUCAGCUUUCCCUCCUCUGGCCGUCCCAACAUCCUCUCGCCUUGCUGUCACUCUGAACUCUUUUCCGGUGGCUCCAGGAGACAGUCGCUCACACUGGAACUCAGUCCACUGCUCUCCUCACUUCCUGCUGUCCGCCUGCAAACAGGAAGUGACACGUUCACCUGUUGAGCUGAGCAGCGACGGGGUAAGGGCAGACAUUGGGGUUAAGAGUGGGCUUCAUGUCUGGGAGUUGCUAUGGAGCCCCGAGCUCAGGGGCAGUCAUGCCGUCAUGGGCAUUUCCAGGCAGAGCUGCCCACUGCAGUCCUCUGGGUAUAACGUGCUUAUUGGCAGAGACUCGCAGUCCUGGGGCUGGGAACUCAAAACGAAUCAUCUCUGGCAUGAUGGGAAGAGUCUGGGACCUUACCCAGGAACGAGGAAGAGUUGCCACACUGAGGCUGUGGAGGAUUUAAGGACACAGUCUUCCACUUCAUCACACACAAAGUUGGCACAGAAUCCUCUUUCCAUCCCUGAGCGCAUCCUGCUGGUCCUGGACGCAGACGCAGGUACUCUGGGGUUUGUUGUUGAUGGCAGCUUUCUUGACGUUGCUUUCAAAGACCUCCCUCGUGGAGUGGAGCUGUUCCCUGCUGUGAGCAGCGUGAGAGGAGGAGCCAGCAUACGACUACGAUACCUGAACGGCACCACGCGUGAUCCCCCUGCCUUGAUGGCUCUAUGUGGACUGUCAAUUCGACAGGUUUUAGGGCAACAGAGGGAAAAUCAAAUGGACAAACUGCCUCUACCCUCCUGUCUCCAGCACUACCUGCUUUCUACUCAUUAAAGUGCACUUAUUCAUCCACAAACACAUACAAUAGGAAAUAUUUUGUCAAUUGCUGAAGUGUACCAAUAAAUUAUAGAUUUGUAUAUAAAAAAUGAUGUACAGACAUACAGUGAGCCAGAAGGAAAUGUAUUUCUGUUUCUUUCCCUGUGUAUAUAAUAAAUAACUCCCAUUUGA